AUCUCCUGCGCGGAAUGUCGAAGAUUGAAGUUGAAGUGUGACAAGAAGAUACCCUGUAGCUCGUGCAUCAGGAGGGGAUGCAAAUCACUGUGUCCGACUGAAACUUCUCCAAUUAAUCACUUGUCCUGUUCUGAUCCACAUUCCAGGUCUCCUGAAACAGCAAGCCUACACACACAGGUCGAAACGAUGAGCCAACGCAUUCGAGACUUAGAAAACGCACUUUCAACCCUGCAGUCCUCUAUAUCCACAUCCCCAUAUCCCGAAAUAACCGACUCGCUUCAAGAAAUCAGAAAACCGGAAACGUUUGACGCUCUUGGAACACUGACACUCGAUAAACGCGGAGAUGCAAGGUACUUAGGGCGAUCUGCAGGACUGGAGAGCCUAUUGGAAGAUGGGCCCGAAUUACCAGAAAUAGAACAUGAAGAGGAUGAAGAUGAUCACAAUCUCGCUGUAUCCGAAGAGAUUGCUCAAUUGCCAAAGUAUUUCCCUUUCGCAUCUGACUGUAGCUGGGACGUUGGGUUGUCAUUGCAGUUGAUACUCUCUUAUCUUCCGCCCAAAGAGCGGGCAUGGACUCUAGCCGAAAAUUUCAUAGAGCAUUCUCCGCUACAAAUCAAUGUCGUUCCAAGAGAAGAGCUCUUUGACGAAUUACUGACUCCGAUUUAUCAAUACGCGUCAGCUAUGGACUUCGCAGGUCAAAAGUGCCCCCUAUCCCCUACCCGUGUGGGUGUCCUAUUCAUUUGUUUCGCUCAUGGAUCUAUGGCAGACAUUGGGAUUCCAAUGUACUGUGCUGAAUCCGAGGAUUAUCUCCGUCUAAGCCGUAUCAGUUUAUCCCUGCAUCCGAUUAUUUCAUCGCCAGAUCUCGCAAGCGUUCAAGCUCUUACACUCAUCGGGAUGUUCCACGAUACCGGCGGUCGCAGCUAUAAUAUUGAAGCUGCCUGGUCCUUUUUAACAAUUGCUUCGAAGCUGUCGCAGAGUGUGAAUCGUGAAAGUCCGAAGUGGGGUUUAGACAAGAAAACGCUUCACCGGAGACGAACAAUCUUUUGGGAAAUACUUACGUGGGACGCUAUGCUUAGCCUCAGUCUCGGAAGGCCACCAUGUUUCUUUGGUGCUCACAUUGACACCCCGUUUCCUCUCGACGAGGAUGCUAGUGUGGACGAGAAAGGAGAUACGGAACCAGGAUUCCAUCACUGGCGAAUGACAUUUGCUAGGGAUGUUGUAACUGCUGUCAGCGACAUCACUCUUUCAUCCGAUAUGCCUGACUAUCCAACUAUCCUCAACCUCGAUCGUCGUAUGCGGGAACAUCCACUACCAGAAAAAUAUGAUCCGUUACGAGAAUUGCAAUCUCAGAACGAGACGUCGAUAACAUUGAAAAGUUUUCAUCUUACUCAUCUCAGAGCAUUAGUGGCAAUGUUCAUACACCGGGCAUUCUUUGCACAAGCUCUGUUACAGUCUCCAUCUAAUCCUUUGAGUAGUGUGUACGCGCCUUCGUUCCUCGCCGCGUAUCGAGCUGCCUCGAUAGUGGUCCACUGUGAUGUCAAACAUUUUUACAAAUACUACCAGAUAUUGUCAAGGUAUUGGGCAAUCUGGAAUGGACGUAAGUUUACAAUUCUUGGUUUGAUUGUUACAAGGUGUCCUUCAAGUCCCUUCGCGGCAAAUGCCUACGAAGAGCUUGGGCUUACAGUCAACCUCUUCAAAAUGGGCGCUAAUCAUUCUGAUAAGGCAAAACGCGGAUUAGUACGUGCGCUUGAUUGGAACGUGAAACAAAAUUCAUUUGUGUACCCUUUAGCACGUUUUACUUCAGAUGCACGAAAAAGCCACCAACGUGUACGAAUCCCAAGCUAA